CUCAUCUUCCUUCUUCGAAUGGCCAACUUUUCAGUGAAAUCUAGAUACGGCAUCCGUCUCUCCUCAACAACGUGACCGACACAUCAGGAGAGGAGAUUGCAGCCAAGGAGGAUCUGCGAAUAGCUGAUUGCAACAAGCUGACUCCCCAUUCCAAGAGCGAGUGCCCGUUCUGCUUCAGAGUACGUUCGAGCUGCUGUAGAAUGCCGAAGAAUGUCGAGACUUGAUACUGCUUCCAGGUCUUCACGAGUUCUGGGCAUUUGAAUCGUCAUCUCACAGUUCACACCGGUGCCAGAAAGUAUGUUUGUCCAUAUCCAGGAUGUGACAAACGGUGCAGUAGAAACGAUAAUCUGAUCAUCAGAGCAGUUAUCGCAUGCACCUACCUAGCCACGGGCACGGUGAGCCGAACGCCGUUCAAACCCCUUCCAAAGACAGCGAAUGUUCACCGACGCUUACCGAUGCCGACUCACUUUGCAGCCCGUCGAGUUCUCCAUCCAUACCAUGGUUGAAACCCCUUGUACUGGAGCGGCACGAAGACAGUUUCAGCGCAAAACACCCGGAGUUGCUCGAUGUGGACGACCUCAUGCAAGAUAGAGACAACAUGUCCACCGGCGACUGUUGUUCGAGAUUCCGACUGUCGCAUGCCCGCGCAGAGUAACUUGAGGACGUUGUCUGUUACUUCAUGACCC